CAUACUGGUGACCCCUAAACAUGAGCAAGACAUCGGAGUUUGAAGAUGCACUCGAGCCUAGCGCAGGCGCGUCAUUAGAGAAUAGUGCGGGGACAGUGUCGAUAGAACCAACAUUAUCGACAAAUGUUUUUAAGGUCGGCGUAAGAGUGCCACCAUUCUGGGCUGACGAACCGGAAAUUUGGUUCGCUCAAGUCGAGGGACAAUUUAAUAUUUCUGGAAUUACGAACGACUCCACGAAAUUCCAUUAUGUCAUCGCCCAGCUCGACAACCAAUAUUCGCGAGAGGUUAAGGACAUCAUAAUUAACCCACCUGCAACUAAGAAGUACGAAAAGCUAAAAUCGGAACUUAUUAGUAGAUUGGGCAUUUCCAACGAGACGAAAAUUAAGAAACUGCUGAUGCAUGAAGAGCUCGGUGACCGCAAGCCGUCUCAUUUCUUCCGGCACCUCAAGGAUUUGGCAGGCCACGGAGUACCAGAUGAGUUCAUCAAGUCUAUUUGGACCAGCCGCCUUCCUCGUGGCGUGCAGAUGGUGCUUGCUGGUCAGCCAGCAUCGACUUCACUCGAAGACCUCUGCGACUUAGCUGACCGCGUCAACGACUUGGCCUGUUCUUCGCCAAGUGUAGCUGCAGUGAGUCGAGAAGCCCCGGGUUCAGUCCUCAGCGAUCUUGCGAGGGAAAUCGCAGAACUCCGGAAGCAGUUCCAGCAGUUCCAGGCGUCAUCUGGUAGGAGCAGAUCCAGAACGCGUGGACAUCAAGGCAGGCAGAGGAGCUCUUCGAGGCAACGAUCCCAGUCGAACUACCGGAAAUACCCCCUCUGCUGGUACCAUGGCAAGUUUGGAGACAAGGCCAGUAGGUGUAUCCGGCCAUGUGACUACAAGUCGGCGGAAAACGCGAUGGGCAGUCGAUAAUGGCGACUGACGAUUGCCCAUCAACGUCCACUGGUCGCCUGUUCGUAACCGACCGCGCUACGAAGACGCAGU